GUGUGCGUGUCCGUGCGUGUGGGAGAAAGUUACUUAAGUUCAGCGAGGAAACUGAAGCUGUAAACGAGACUGUCCCAGUGUUUUUUUCUGUAUCAGAUGGCUAAAAAUCUCGCAGACUGAAAUAGGAGGCUUCACGUUUCGCCGCAGCAGCUUUAAGCUCUGGUCAGAAUGCCUUUUCUCCAGCAUCUAACGGACUCCCAGUUGGAGCAGCUGGCUCUGGACCACAUCGUACCAGCUCUGCUGGACCGAGGCUUCUUUUACCUCGACCAUUUUCUCGGUGAAGCAGUUGGUCGUAUGGUCUUGAGCCAAGUGAAACAGAUUCAUCGUUCAGGCGCACUGAGUGACGGGCAGCUCGCUGGUCGAGGCUCCGGAGUUUGUAGAAGUCAUAUUAGGGGAGACAAAAUAGCCUGGCGUAGUGGCUCUGAGAGAGGAUCUGAAGCCAUAGGCUUCUUAUUGAAACAAACUGACAAACUCAUAUCACUGUGCACUGGGAGACUGCGCAAAAACUCGGUCCGGGAGCGCUCCAAGGCAAUGGUAGCAUGCUAUCCAGGCAAUGGUGCAGGUUACGUGAAACAUGUGGAUAAUCCUAACGCAGAUGGCCGCUGUGUCACCUGCAUCUAUUACCUGAACAAAAACUGGAAUGCCAAGGAGCACGGAGGAGUUCUGCGCAUUUUUCCUGAAGGAAAAUCGUAUGUCGCCGACAUUGAACCUCUGUUUGAUCGACUCCUGCUUUUCUGGUCUGACCGUAGGAACCCUCAUGAAGUACAGCCAUCAUUUGCUACCAGGUAUGCAAUCACUGUGUGGUACUUUGAUUCAGAGGAAAGGGCUGAAGCAAAAAGAAGAUUCAGGGACUCAACAGCCUCUUCACAAAGCAGCACCACAUCUUAGCAGAAGAGCUUGAGACAAAACUUUCUCUGCUGAGAAGAUUUAUGUUUGUGUGUGUGUGUGUGCAUGCGUGUGUGCGCGUGUGUUUGUGGUUUUUAGCCCUUUUGCACUUAAGGUACCGGCGCUUCCUCCUCAACCAUGCCUUUUUCGUUGGAAUUUUUUGGAAACUCAGACUCCAUGUAACUGUCUUGCAAAACUGCAUUCUGUAACAUGAUGCUUCUGUAGAAAAAAAAACACUCACACAAAAAACAUAACCAGCAGCGAUUCUUAUUAUGUUAUUGUAAAAGGAAUGACACGACUAUUCAAUACUUUCUAGUGGGUAUGGAUGAUGGAUGAAGUGAAACAUAUUUUCAUUAUUCUUUUGAUAAAUGUUUGUCUGUAUUUGAAAUAUUUCCAGUUUCUAGUGCUUUUCCGUUUUCCUAUAGGAGAGGAGCUGUUUCCAUUUACAAUUUGGACCUCAAGCAAAUGGUUAAAACCAUAGUGGAACUGUCACCAGAUGAUUUUCAUGGCCUGUGUGGCCCUAAACACUUACAUAGAGUUGAUUAUUUUUCACAAUAAAUGCUACUAGUUUUCCAGUGAAAUGUUUCUAAUACUAUAUCAUUCUGAAGUGCUCUAGCUUUAUUAUGUGAUAUGUGUGGUGUGUGUGUGUGUGUGAGAUGUGUGUGCUUUCUCCUUAUCAGAAUGUAAGUGUUAUAUUGAUUUGUUACAUUACAGUAUAACAUGAGAGUUUAACACUGUAUAGGCAAAAGAAUAGUAUUUUUUUUUUCUGGUAGUUUAAAUGUAUUAAACUGCCUGAAUAUUCAGAAGGUAAAUACUUCAGAGAAUCCCAUAAUUUUUCAAAUUUAUUAUACUUUUACAGAGUGAAUAUUAUAAAUAUUAAUUCUAAUGGUAAAUGUCAUUUUAAAAAAAUUAAGUGGUGUCCCUGAUGAUACUAACAAGUCACAGUGGUUUAUAGGACAGCACUAGUAUUCACUGUCAACUGGAAAUUUUCUGAAAGCUCUGUCAUUGUUUAGAAGCAGCUGUGCUGUGUUCAACUACAUGGGCGUCUGACUGUAAUGUCUCGAGUGAAUGCUUGUAAAAUGGAAUGAAAAUUAUAAUUUGGCUUUAACACUUCUAAGGCUGGCUACAUGUAGAUUUUCUCUCUCUGUGGCUCAUCUGUAAAUAAACAAGUCAAUCAAUUAU